GCUAUCUUGAUUAAUUCCUGAUCAGACGCACCACCCGACAGGCACGCUGAAGGACACAAAUCAAACCCACCCAGGCCCAACAGGUGCGUGCUGCUGGGCCUGGGAAAACGCAGCACUGUCCAUGACUUGACUGCUGUAUUCGGCCCAUUGCAUCUAAACGUCUACCCCCAUUGAGGCGUGUGAGGAUUUCAUGCUGUUUUUCACAGUUUUUGUCACAGUUGUCACUCCUGAGCCCGUUGAGCUCAAAAUGUUUGAGAUUGUUGACAAACUGCAGAACAGAAACAGGAGGCAGGGGUCGCACGAGGACAGGGAGGUUAAGUGGACGGGUCGGAAGUGGGACUACACACAACACAAGACUCACGUGCAGCGUUUCAGUCAGCUGCAACACCAAUGUGGAGGCUACGCUGAAGAACCAGUCCCACCACCUGUAACUGCGCCUCUCUGCUCCCCCCGACUUUUUCAUGCCGAAGCCGAGGAUGAAGAAGCAAAACAUCCGGACCCUGUCGCUCAUCCUCUGCAUGUUCUCGUACCUGCUGGUCGGCGCCGCGGUGUUUGACGCGCUGGAGUCCGAGUCGGAGAACUCCCGCAGGCGCAUCCUGGAGCAGAAGCGCAACGAGAUGAAGAAGAAGUACCGCUUCUCCGAGGACGACUACCGCGAGAUCGAGCGAGUGGUGCUGCAAGCUGAGCCCCAUCGCGCCGGGAGACAGUGGAAAUUUGCAGGCUCUUUUUACUUUGCCAUAACAGUCAUCACCACCAUUGGUUAUGGACACGCAGCACCAGGCACAGAUGCAGGAAAAGUCUUCUGCAUGUUCUAUGCCGUGCUGGGCAUCCCUCUCACUUUGGUCAUGUUCCAGAGCCUGGGAGAAAGGAUGAACACAUUCGUCCGCUAUCUCCUUCAUAAGCUGAAGCAGUGCCUGGGCUUUAGACGCAACGAGGUGUCCAUGGAGAACAUGGUCUUGGUGGGCUUCCUGUCUUGCAUCGGAACACUGUGUGUUGGGGCUUCCGCCUUCUCCCACUUUGAGGGAUGGAGCUUCUUCCACGCUUACUACUACUGCUUCAUCACGCUCACUACCAUUGGCUUUGGAGACUACGUGGCCCUACAGAAGAAGGAGGACCUCCAGGAAAAGACACCCUACGUGGUGUUCAGCUUCAUGUACAUCCUGGUGGGGCUGACUGUCAUCGGGGCCUUCCUGAAUCUGGUUGUGCUUCGCUUCCUCACCAUGAACACUGAGGAUGAGAGGAGGGACGCUCAAGAGAGGGCAUCACUGAAGAGGGACAAGGGCCUCUUGGACAGAGGUCUUCGUGUUGUGGGGGAGCAGAGCAGAGACAGUCACAGAGAGAGAAACAGGAGCAACGCAGCGCACAGUCACAACCACAGCACACUUCUCCUCCCAAUGGAGGAAGGAACCAGCCGCACAAACCUCAUCACUUCCUCCCCAGUGGACCAGGAGGGACUAAGGAGCCCCUGCAGACACAGGCUACAUUUUCAAAUCAAGACAGAAAGAUGCAGGAGAGAGUCCAGCCUCAGCUCCCUCUGCUCGUGUGUGUGGUACCGUUUGGGGAUGUGUGACAGUCCUCUUGUGUCCCACAGUGAACACCAACACGGCUGCCAUAUUAACUCUGUGUACUACAAUUCUGUGUCCUAUAGGAUCGAGGGCUGCUCUCCGGUGUCAAGGGACAACACUAGACUCUCGUCCCCAGGGAGCACACUCUCACCUGGGCACAGCUUCCUAGAGUUCCCUCGUUCGAGGAGAAAGUCAGUUUGAGGAGGACUAUAAAGGGGAGUAUUUGCACAGACUGUAAACAGUAUUUCUUAAAGUGUUUGACUUUUUGUGUAUGUGAAAAGAUACUGACUGUAUGUUCCUUUUGAAAAUACUUGUUUUUUUGUGAACAAAGGAUAAGAUUUCUUUUCCUGUUUUACCACAACAUUGAUUUUGAUCUGCUGUUUUCCUCGCAUGUAAGCCAAAAGUGUGGUGCAUGCUAAAAAGAAUAUAAAGCACACGAUGUGAAUGCAUGAGUGCUGAGUAAAGAUGUCAACAGUCUGGCUUUUGAUCUAUUAUAACAGAGGUAUUUUGGAUAUAGUGCUCAUCAAUGAUUGUGUAACUGUUCAGUGAAUGUAUGUGAAGAAUCCUCAUUUGCUCCUUGCUUCAGACGAAAACUUUUUCAUGCCAUAGCCAGAAGAUGUCAUUACACUUUUAUAUUAAAAAAGCCUUAAAGAACUUUGACCAAGCACAGGAGGUACGUGGCUUCUUAGCUCAGUGACUUUAAUAAAUUCUAUCUUUGCCUAAAAUAUGUAAUAACUUCUGUGCAUUCUUUAGCAGAGAUUAGUGCUGGGCGAUAUUGAAAUUUAUGAUGUCACUAUAAAAUAUUUAAUAUCAGUUGAUAUCGAUAAUUAUCACGAUAAAUAUCAAAUUAUGGUUUCAUUUCAAUUUCAAUGCAGAUAUUUGGUCCUGAGUGAAAGUUGAAGAAACCAGACAGUUUGUUAGUUUGUAUCUGGAUUUAGUUUUCUGAUAAACUUCUUGAAGCCAUCAUUUCUGACGGUGCUAACAGGAAGCAGGUCUUUUGUGUGAAAUGAGAUUUUUGUGAAGUUUUAGUUUGUAAUUCUUAUUUUUCUUAGAUUGAGGUUAUUCGAUAAUUUGAUUUAAAUUUACAACAAAAAUAUAUCAAAUUGAAUACUGUGUAUCAGUUUAGUAGAGUAUUGUUUUGAGUUUUGCUCUCCCCUUUAAGAUUACUAAGGGUUACAGGCAGAGUGAUGUUUCCCACAGUGCAGUGAAUGCAUCACGCUCGUUCAGUUGUCCUACGGUCGUGGUUGUCUCUGUGCUCUUCCUUUACCCACAUCCUGAAAGUAUAUUUAAUGAAGUGUAUUAAGUUAAUAGUUAAUGCAGAGUCGACUCAGUGUCAGACUAACGACUCUGCUUUGAGCUGGUAGGUUUUGAGUUUUCUUCAGCGUAGCUGUCGCUCUCAGCUGUGUUUACAUUCUGCUCUGAACGUCUUUGAGCCCCGCCUACCUUUCAUCCCGCAACAUGAUUGGCUGUUCAAUGCCGUCUUCUUCCUCUGUCUAAUGUUGGGUGGCAACUAGCGCUUAAGGCUCAUUAGCGCCCCCUCCAUUUUAAGUGGCUGGGGGGGUGUAAUUACAUGUUUGUUUAUAUCGAUUUUUUAUCAAAAUUUUUUUAUAUUUAUAUUGAGAAAUGAUAUCACGAUAAUUGUCGUUAUCGAAUUAUCGCCCAGCACUAGCAGUGAUGCACUCGGAUAUAAAGAGAUUAUGAUUGUUAUACGACUGAUGGAUGUAGCACACAACAGAUAUGUAGCUGGUUAAUCGUAAACUUCCAGCCAACCUGGAAGAUCGUCACUUCUUAGCGAGGAUGUGUCCUUGUAGACUUGGUUUCUUGACAGACCUGAUGUGAAACUCUUACAAUGUUGUUUUAUUAAACCAAAGGAAAAGAAAA